AUGAUUAUUACAGGUGAUGACCAUGGUGGUAUUGAGUCUUUGAAGCAUGAUCUAGCUCGUAGAUUUGCUAUGAAGGAUUUGGGCUUGCUGCGUUAUUUCUUGGGUAUUGAGGUCGCUCAGUCUAAGAAAGGGUACCUUCUUUCCCAGACUAAAUAUAUAUCUGACUUGUUUACACGGGCGGGACUUUCUGACAAUCAGACUGUUGAUACCCCUCUUGAAACCAAUGCUCGAUACUCUCCUACUAAUGGUGUUCCUUUGUCUGAUCUGAAUCUUUAUUGUACUGUGGUGGGAAGUUUGGUUUAUCUCACAGUUACUCGUCCAGAUAUUGCUCAUGCUAUUCAUAUUGUCAAUCAGUUUGUUACUGCACCUACUUCUGUUCAUUGGGAAGCUGUUCUUCGUAUUAUGAGAUAUCUUUGUGGCACUCAGUUUCAGACUCUCUUGUUUUCCUCGACAUCUUCUCUUGAGUUACCUGCCUAUAGUGAUGCUGAUUGGGAUGGUGAUCGUCAUGAUCGUAAGUCAACCACUGGAUUUUGUGUAUUUCUUGGAGAGUCUCUUAUUUCAUGGAAGAGCAAGAAACAGGAUGUUAUCUCUAGAUCUUCCACGGAGGCUGAAUAUCGUGCUAUGACUGUAACUACAUGCGAGAUUAUCUGGUUACGAUGGCUGCUUGCGAAUAUGGAAGUUUACAUUUCUUCACCUACUCCCUUGAAUUGUGAUAAUAAAAGUGCGAUACAAAUUGCGAAGAAUUCUAUUUUUCAUGAGCGGACGAAGCACAUUGAGAUUGAUUGUCAUUUUACUCGUCAUCAUCUGCAGCUUGGGACCAUUUCUCUUCCAUUUGUUUCAUCAACUUUGCAGCUUGCGAAUAUUUUUACGAAGGCUUUAUCAGCUUCUCGGUUUCGGUUCUUAUGUGACAAACUCUCAAUGCUUAUUGCUGCGGCAUUGUGA